UUUUUUUAGUCCACUUUACUGGUAAAUAAAUUGUUGACAAAAACACAAACAGACAGAACCGUGGGGUCCAUGUUAACCAUUCACUAACUAAGUGUUUGCAGUUUACUACUUUACUCACACUUUUUACACCCACUCACUCGUUUGUACAUUUGUUAAAGUGUACGGAGAGAAAAAAAUCAAGGCGAAUCAAAAAUGUUGGCUAGGGUUUGUAGUAGAUCGGAAUCUUCUGCUACUGCUUAUGCAAGAUUGUUCAGUACGAGAUUGGGUAAUCGUUGCGGCGCCGCUAAGAAAAGUAGCAAGGUUGAGAAGAGUAAGCCUUCUUUGAGCGGAGGAACAUUUGGAGGAGAGAGCUUGAAAUUGAGAAAUGGGUUUCAUUAUAUCAAAAGCUUAGACGAUGCCAUUGUUUUGUUUGAUGAUAUGGUUCGAUCUCGUCCUUUCCCUUCAGAAAUUGAUUUCUGUAAAUUAAUGGGUGUCAUCCUCAGAAUGAAUCGUCCCGAUGUUGCGAUUUCUCUCUAUCAGAAGAUGUCAUUGCGCCGGAUUCCAUGUAAUAUCUACAGCUUUUCUAUUCUGAUGAAAUGUUUCUGCGACUGUCACAAGUUGCCCUUUGCUUUGUCUACGUUUGGAAAGAUCACUAAACUUGGUUUCCAGCCUAAUGUUGUUACGUUUAACACGCUGCUCCACGGGUUAUGUCUCCAAAAUAGGAUCUCUGAAGCCUUGGCUUUAUUUGAUCAUAUGGUUGAAACUGGACUAACAACACCCAAUGUCGUGACCUUCAGCACACUCAUGAACGGUCUUUGUAUGGAGGGUCGAGUUCUCGAAGCAACGGCUCUGCUUGAUCGGAUGGUUGAAGAAGGUCAUCAACCUGACGAGGUUACUUACAGAACUAUUGUAAAUGGAAUGUGUAAGAUGGGUGACACUGAAUCUGCCUUGAAUCUGCUUAGGAAGAUGGAGCAAACCCACAUCAAGCCCGGUGUUGUAAUCUAUACUGCCAUCAUCGAUCGUCUUUGCAAAGACGGGCACCACAGCCAUGCUCGACAUCUUUUCACUGAAAUGCUUGAGAAAGGCAUUUUUCCCAAUGUUGUUACCUACAACUGUAUGAUCGAUGGUUGUUGUAGAUAUGGUAAAUGGAGUGAUGCCGAGCAACUGCUACGUGAUAUGAUCAAAAGAAGUGUCCACCCUAAUGUUGUAACUUUCAAUGCAUUGAUCAAUGCAUCUUUCAAAGAAGGAAAAGUCUCUGAGGCUGAAGAAUUAUACAGCGAGAUGCUUCGAAUGGAUAUAUCUCCUAAUACAAUCACAUAUAAUUCAUUGAUUGAUGGAUUUUGCAAGCAUAGUCGUCUAGAUGAUGCAAAGCGCAUGUUUAGUUUGAUGGUUAGCAAGGGCUGCUCUCCGGAUAUAAUCACCGUAAAUACUCUCAUAGAUGGAUGCUGUAGGGCUAAGAGGUUGGAUGCUGGAGUGAAACUUCUCCAUGAGAUGUCUAGAUUAGGAUUAGUUCCUGAUACCGCUUCUUACAAUACUCUUAUUCAUGGGUUCUGUCAAGUUGGGGAUCUUAAUGCUGCUCAAGACCUUUUCCAGGAGAUGAUUUCUCAUGGUGUGUCCCCUAAUAUCGUGACUUGUGGCAGUUUGCUGGAUGGUUUCUGCAAUGAUGGGAAAAUAGAUAAGGCAUUGGAAUUGUUUGAGGUUAUGCAGAAGAGUAAGAUGGAUCUUGAUACUGCUAUAUAUAACAUCAUCAUCCACGGAAUGUGCAAAAGUAGUAAGGUAGACGAAGCAUGGGAUUUGUUCAAUAGUCUCCCCCUCAAUGGUGUGGAACCUAAUGUUCGAACGUAUAAUAUAAUGAUCAGCUCAUUUGUCAAUGAAGGGAACUUUUUAAGGGCUGAAGAAUUAUAUGCUGAGAUGUUCCUGAUACUUUCAUCUAUACCUCAAUGGUUGAUGGGUUAUGCAAGCAGAACCGCCUAGAUGAAGCCAGACAGGUGUUUGAUUCCAUGUCUAGCAAGGGCUGCUCCCCAGACUUAGUGACUUUUAGUACACUCAUUAAUGGCUACUGUAAGGC